UAUCCAAAUAGGUAGCCCCCAGUAAUUUGCUUGAAAUAGCCUUAAGUUCUAUAAACCGAUGAAAGGGACGGAUUUGACUUAGAGAUAAAAGAAGGCCGGCAGGUAAACGCAUUGCAUCUUUUACUUUCUCUCCCUCCAUCACGUGUUCAUGUCUCGCGACAUCGAACCUCUCGUGAAACCAAUAAACCCACCGUUUCCCUUGGAUGACUCAUUAUAUUGUCUAGACUCUGAGGAGAUUGCCUUCUUCAGGAGACAGACUGGCAUUCAAGAUGAAGUGGCCCUGAAGACACAUAUAAUUGAUGUGCAAAAGGAGGCAUACAAGGUAGCUCCCUAUGCUUGCAUUCGAGGAUUUCAUUUCUUGCACCCAAACAUGUCUAAACUACAUAUUUACGACCACAUUUUGAAGCGUGGUUCUGAAGGAGCAAUAUUACUCGAUGUCGGUUCUUGUCUUGGUGCCGAUGUUAGGAAGGCAGUUGAAGAUGGAUUUCCGGCCCAUAAUAUCAUCACUUCUGACAUUGAAGAAGCAUUUUCCGAGUUAGGAUGCAAACUCUUUAAAUCGAGCUCGAAGUCAAUUUUAUUUAUACCUGGCGACAUAUUUGACCCCGCAUUUCUAUCGAUUUCGCGGCCAGCUAGCUCUGUCCCAGAGGGUGCGAUGCCGGACAUUCAAACACUGCGGUCAUUAAACGACCUUCAUGGUCGCGUCGGUGUCAUCCACGCUUCCAAGCUAUUUAACCUAUUCGACGAGGAGAAGCAACUUGAACUUGCUCACGCCUUAGGAGGCUUGCUGUCCUGCGAAUCUGGCUCCACAAUCUGCGGCACUCACGUAGUUGCAUCGGAGAAAGGCGUUGUUCGUCACACAGUGUUAGGCAUUGAUAUCUCCUACUUUUGCCACUCCCGGGAAACUUGGACUAGUUUGUGGGACGGCGUCGUGUUUGAGAAAGGUCAGGUAAAGGUUGAGACGACAACAUCAACCAUUGACCUGGGCGGCAUUCCUUUUCGUCUCUUACAUUGGUCUGUUACGAGACCGUGACUGCGAGGGUAGAUUUUGUCCAUUCACAGAAGAGUAU